CAUAAACAAGAGAGAAAACUCACAUGAUAUCCACAAAUUCCGCCACCGGAGACGACUCAAUGCCGCUGCUCGACGACGCCGCUAACGACGUCGUCGGCUUCGAUGGCGGACCCGCGCACCGCUCGAAAUCCGGUUGUUGGAAGUCCGCUUCCUUCAUUAUAGGUGUAGAAGUGGCGGAGAGAUUUGCUUAUUAUGGAAUAAGUUCAAAUUUGAUUAGCUAUCUUACCGGCCCGUUGGGCGAAUCCACGGCGGCUGCGGCCGCGGCCGUUAACGCGUGGAACGGAGCCACCAUGCUGCUGCCGCUGCUCGGGGCUUUCGCCGCCGAUUCCUUUCUCGGCCGUUACCGUACCAUCAUCAUUGCCUCUUUGCUCUACAUCUUGGGUCUUGGGCUCUUGUCUUUAUCGGCUGCACUUCAUUCAUCCGGCUCGUCUCCUCCUCUCCUCGAAGUCGUCUUCUUCUUCUUCUCGCUAUACUUAGUAGCCUUUGCGCAGGGCGGCCAUAAGCCAUGCGUGCAAGCCUUUGGAGCCGACCAGUUUGACGAUGAAGACGAGGCCGAGCUAGUAGAAAAGAGCUCAUUCUUCAAUUGGUGGUAUUUUUCAAUGAAUGGGGGAAUUUUUGUAGCUCAAUUGGUUUUGAGCUACAUUCAAGACAAUCUAAGCUGGGGCCUAGGCUUUGGAAUCCCAUGCAUCAUGAUGUGUUUUGCACUAGUUGUUUACCUACUGGGGUCCACUACUUACAGGUUUCGCGUAAGAAGUUGUCAGAAGAAUCCGUUCGUAAGAAUUGGUCCGGCCCUUGCUGCAGCAGCAAAGUCCGGACCAGCAUUUAUGCCUACCUCUAUGUCGAAGGAAGAAUCCUCUGACAUAGAAGAGGCUAGGGAACUUCUUCGCAUCGCCCCAAUAUGGGCCUCAUGUUUGGGGUAUGCGAUUGUCUUUGCACAAGCGACCACUCUCUUCACGAAGCAAGGGGCCACAAUGGACCGUUCAUUUGCCUUUGGCCUUCAAAUACCAUCGGCUUCCCUGCAGAGCCUCACAAGCCUCUCUAUCAUCACCUUCAUCCCUUUAUACGACCGUGUCCUGGUCCCAAUGGCUAGAUCAUUCACCAAGAGGCCAAUGGGCAUUACAACGCUAGAAAGAAUUGGCACGGGGAUAAUUCUAUCCGUCAUUUUCAUGGUGGUCGCAGCCAUUGUGGAGAGGCGACGAAUUUCCAUCGCUAUAGAGCAUGGGCUAGUGGACCGGCCAGAGGUGACGGUUCCAAUGAGCGUGUGGUGGUUGGCCCCACAAUACGUGCUUUUGGGGAUUGCGGAUGCUUUUACAAUGGUUGGUCUUCAAGAGUUCAUGUACGAUCAAGUUCCCAAUGACCUAAAAAGUCUAGGGUUGGCUUUGUACCUCAGUAUUUUCGGCGUGGGUAGUUUUGUUAGCGGAUUUUUGAUAUCUACGAUCGAGUGGAUCACUAGCCAAGCUUCGGGUGUGGGUUGGUUUUCCGACAACUUGAAUCGAGCACAUCUUGAUUAUUUCUAUUGGUUGUUGGUAGGGAUUACUUUGGCUACAUUGGUGCCCUAUAUUUACUUUGCAAAAUACUAUGUUUACAAGAUCGCAGGCUCCGUCGACUUCAGCGGCCGCCCCGCCGUUAGGUCGAAAUCCGGCACCUGGAAAUCCGCCUCUUUCAUGAUCAGUGUUGAAGUUGCGGAGAGAUUCGCAUAUUAUGGAAUCAGUGCCAAUUUGAUCAGCUAUAUGACUGGACCGCUGGGGCAGUCCACCGCGGCGGCGGCGGCCAACGUCAAUGCGUGGAGCGGCACGGCCUUGCUCCUGCCGCUCCUCGGCGGAUUCAUCGCCGAUACGUAUUGGGGCCGUUAUCGCACCGUUAUCAUUGCCUCUGUUGUCUACAUCUUGGGUCUUGGCUUCUUAACUCUAUCAGCUGCUCUUAGCUCAUCCUUUCAUUCCAAGUGUGAAAGUGUAACAAACGGCUCAGCUUGUUCGCCUCGGGUGCUCGAGGUCGUCUUCUUCUUCUUCUCGUUGUACCUCGUCGCGCUGGCGCAAGGCGGCCACAAGCCGUGUGUGCAGGCCUUCGGGGCGGACCAGUUCGACGAGGAUGACAAGAAGGAGCGCUUAGCCAAGAGCUCCUUCUUCAACUGGUGGUACUUCUCAUCGGCUGCUGGCGUGUUCGUAGCUCAGCUGGUUCUGAGCUACGUUCAGGAGAAUAUGAGCUGGGAGCUCGGGUUUGGGAUCCCGGGCGCCUUCAUGUGCGUGGCGUUGGUUCUGUUCUUGCUCGGGUCCACUACCUACCGGUACGGGAGUGGCACCGAGAAGAGGAAUCCGUUUGUGAGGAUAGGGUUGGUUUUCGUGAGAGCUGCGCGCUCGCCAUCGUAUCCUGUUCCUGCUGACGAGAGCGAUGGCGAGCGCCAUUUCCUCGACCGGGCGCUUGUUGUAGUGCCGGGGGCGGAAGGGCGUGUGUGCACCGCCCACGACGUGGAGGAUGCCAAGGCGAUCCUCAGGCUCGUGCCCAUCUGGUGCACGUGCCUGGCCUACGCGGUAGUGUUUGCACAGGCCGCGACUCUGUUCACCAAGCAGGGCACGACCAUGGACCGAGCUAUCACGGACACUUUCGAGAUCCCGGCCGCGUCUAUGCAGUCGAUCAUCCACAUUUGCGUCGUUAUCUUCGUGCCGAUCUAUGACCGCGUCCUUGUCCCAUUGGCCCGGGCUUGGACCAAGAAACCCGCGGGGAUCACGAUGCUACAGAGGAUUGGUAUAGGGAUGCUUUUCUCUAUCAUGCUGACGGUCACCGCAGCGAUUGUUGAGAGGCAGCGUCUCUUAAUCGCCCGGGCUCACGGGCUGGUGGACGAGCCGGACGCCACGGUGCCCAUGAGCGCGUGGUGGCUGGCGCCCCAAUACGUGCUGUUUGGCCUGGCCGACGUGUUCACCGUGAUCGGGCUUCAAGAGUACUUCUACAAGGAGGUGCCGGCCGACCUCAAGAGCGUCGGCCUCGCCCUGUACCUCAGCGUGUUCGGCGUCGGGAGCUUCUUGAGCAGCUUGCUGAUAACGUUACUCGACGGGGCGACCGGCGGCGACGGCGGGGGCAGUUGGUUCUCGAGCAACUUGAAUAGAGGGCAUCUUGACUACUUCUAUUGGCUGCUGUCUGGGAGUAGUGCAGUUACAAUGUUGGCAUAUUUGUACUUUGCCAAAUCAUAUGUUUAUAAGAGGAAAGUGUAACGUUUGCAAUUAAACUCAGUUGGUAAGACGUUUCUCCUUGAUGUAAUAGAUCGGGAAUUUAAUUUA